AUGCCGCACGUCAACGUCGUGGAUUCGCAAAAGAGUCGAAAUCGUGAGCCAUCGUCACCUUGUUUUCGGUGCGGAGCCAAUCACUGGUCUAGAGACUGCACAUUCGUAAACAAGACAUGCCACGACUGCAGACGCUCUGGACACAAGCGAGGAUUCUGCAAAAAUUUUCCGGAGAAGAAGAAUCGGAAUGCGAAACGAAAGCGGAAGUCUGCCAACACAGUCACUAUAGCUUCGACUCGUGCUGACGUCGCUGUAAACCGCAUCUACCGUAGAGUACAGAUUGAUGGGAAGACAGUACGCAUGCGCCUUGAUACUGGAGCAGACGUAACAUUACUGAGCACUGCAGACUGGACCGCCAUGGGUCGACCGAAGCUGCAAUGCAUUGAACUGAAGUCUGCCAACAACGAACCGAUCAACGUUCGUGGAUGCUACGAAUGCAACUUCAUUAUUGACGGUCAUCUAGGAUAUGGUACUUGCCAUGUAGCCGACACGCCAUCGCUGUUGGGCUUAGAUUGGAUCGCCCAACACGAGCCACUGUUCCGUCACUUGACAGAAGGCUCCAUCUGCAACAUCUCUUCAAGGACGCUCAGCACCUUGAAUUCUUCUCUCGCAACGCUCCUGAGGAAGAAGUUCCCAGCAGUCUUCGUUCUGGACUGGGAUGUUGUACAAAGUCAUAGGCUAAACUCGCUCUGA